AUGUUCAACCACCCACUGGUCACCAUCUCUCCCUCGGCUCUGGCCCCAACCCCCAUGCCAUCAACCAACCAGGCCCUACUGGCAGCACAGCCUCCCUUUGCACCCACCCAGCCCUCUGGUGACAAGCUGUGCAACCCAGCAAAUGCACCCACUUCCCAAUCUGCAGAGCUGGGUGUGCUUGUCAAUGGUGUCCAUGUUACCAUACCAGAGCCUGUUGCUGUCGCCUCUUCCUCCAAGGUCUUCCUCUGCCUCCUUCCAGACAUCUGCAGUUUUGCUCAAGCCUGGGUGGUGUACACAUUGCUGCGCUGCACCUGUACCAACAACCCCCACCUCAGCACCAGCCUUGGUGCUUUCCUUGUGCAUGUCAUCAACCUCGACAUCACCUUUCACUGGCCUGGUGUCACGGAGUACAUCCUUGCUGUUUGUCACUGUCAUUUUGGUUUCGCCAACACUUGCGACUGGCCCCAAUUGCCCCCUCCCAGUUGUCCUCAGGUCCCAAAGGACCCUGCUCCGACACUGCAGGAAGCCCUCCCCCUAGAAGCACAACCCGCACCACCCCCCGAUGCCGGCUCCAGUCUUGCGCAGCGUGACUGUCUUGGCAGCAGCCUCCUGCUCGGUGCUGCCCCUGCGGCAGGCCCCCUUCGUCUCCUCAAGCAGACCCAGUUUUCUUCGCCGGCUCCGACCAUCACGUCUCCACAGCAGACUAAGGCUUGGCACGGCUCCAGCACCCAGGUCUCUGCAGCAGACUCCAGCUCAGCUCCUCUCCUCAUCCCUGCAGCGGACUCUGGCUCAGCCCCCAACCUCACACUCUAA